AUGUAUACACAGCGUCCACUGUCUUAUGCGCCCACUCCUUACAGCUUUACACCAAACCCAGCGCGAUCAGCCACGAUCAAUCUCGAUGAAGAAGUCAAACUGGUUUCCAGCUCGGGAGAACGUGACCUCUACGAAUCGCUAGCCGAGAUCUACAGUAUAAUUAUAACUUUGGAUGGACUCGAGAAAGCCUACAUCAAAGACGUGGUCACGGAAGCGGAAUAUACAGAGACAUGCACAAGGCUUCUGAAGCAGUACAAAUCUAGUCUAGGCGACGAGUCGGUCUCACGAGAAUUCGUUGACUUGGAUACUUUCAAGAGAACAUGGGGUUUGGAGUGCCCGCGGGCGACUGAGCGACUGCGCAUCGGCCUCCCCGCAACUGUCGAGCAAGCCUCGCAUGGUGCUCCUACUGCCGGAAAUGCCGUGGCGGGGAGUGCUGCUGCUGGUGCAUCAGGAAGUCUCAUUCUUGCGGCAACAGAGAAUUUUAUCACAUUCCUCGACGCAUUGAAGUUGAACAUGGUGUCAAAGGAUGCGCUGCAUCCUUUGCUAUCGGAAGUAAUCCAGUCAGUCAAUAAAGUGACAGACGGGGAAUUCGAAAACCGAGGCAAGAUCAUUCAAUGGUUGAUCGCCCUCAAUCAAAUGCGGGCAACAGAGGAACUGAGCGAGGACCAAGCUCGAGAAUUGUCUUUCGAUAUUGAACAGGCUUACCAAGGCUUCAAGGCAACCUUGAAUUGA